AUGUCAGCACAGAACUCGGCGGGUAUUCAGACCCUAUUGGACGCGGAGAGAGAUGCGUCGAAAAUUGUGCAGAAGGCCCGCGAAUAUCGCACGAAGCGAGUGAAGGAAGCUCGGGAUGAAGCGAAGCAGGAAAUCGAGGACUACAGACAGUCCAAGGAGGCUGAGUACAAGAAGUUCGAAUCGCAACAUUCGGCGGGCAACAAGCAGGCUGAGGAUGAUGCGAACAAGGAGGCGGACGCCAAGAUCUCGGAAAUCAAGGCUGCAGGGCAGAAGAACCAAGACAAGGUGGUCAAGGACCUCUUGAAGGCCGUCUUCGACGUGAAGCCCGUGCCUCCCGCGGCUGCGUGA